CACGCUGUUGCGUUGUAUCGCUCGAGAGCCGAGCCGCGCCGCCGACUGCAGCUGCAGUAGUUGCACUCUGUUGCAGUUGGAGCUGGAGCUGGAACUGCAGCUGAUUCCGUACGGCUAGAUCUCGCGAGAACGAUUCUAUCCGUCUCGCGUUCGUGUUUUCCCGCGAGAAUCAAAACUUGUUUCUUGUUCUUGUACUUUGUCUUCUUGUUGCCGAUUGUUCAUUUCUCAAAGUGACAUAUUUGCCUGGCUGUGUUGGUGGAAAGUCGACGAGGUAACACAGGUGUGUAGUUUGUUAUCACGGCGGGAAGUGUGUUGUCGCGAUAGAGUACCUAAAUAUACUUUGAAACGAUUGCAGAAACACGUAGAGCUCUUUUAGAUCGAGUAAAAUUUGCGGGAAAAGUGCGAUAAACGUAAUUGAAUCGCGCGAUUGCGAAGAAGGGGAACGCGUAUAGGGAAUAAAAAAAGUGUGUCGCGUUAGAAGGAAAGAUAUAUAAAUAUAAUUGGCAAGCGUAUCGAAGCGCGACUGGAAACGAGGCUAAGUUUGCGACGAUUUUACGACGACCUUGGCUUGCUAAAAGCCGUAAAACCUGCGAAGAGAACAGCCUUCUUGGCCGCCUGGAUCCGGCUAUUUUCGAGCGAAAAUCGACGCUCCUCUCCUCCUUUCCUUUCGAAAUUAUUCUACUAUGACUUGGCGAGAAUAAGAAGAUCAAAGAAGGCGAAGUACUUUCGAGUCGCGUACGUCCGUUCGCGUUAAACGUUAAUUAAUUUAUGAAUCGUUGGGUCGAAUUCGUUCCCAGAGGCAAAGAGCGUCGGCCCCGGACAAAGCUUCGAUCGAGCGUGUUAAGGGCAAUUAUCGUUCCUUCCCCGAUAAUUAGAGGGGUGGCGCGAUAAAAAUCGGUCGACGUCGACUCGAUCGAGAUUCCUCGCUUCAAACAGUAGCCUCGUAACGGUAUUGUGCGUAAACAGGUAGCUUCUUUCCUCUUCUUCGAUGCUUAUUCUUUUAUUAAUAUCGUUACCAAUUAUUUUCGAUCAUUUUUCAUUAUUUUCUGAAAAAUAUAUUGUUAUUUUGCGUGAAACUGUGAAAUCGAGAGUUCCACGAUCGUUUGAUACCCGUGUGUCCUGGUGAUCCAACAAGUUCGGAGAAUCCCGUAAAUACCAUGGCUGGUAUCGUCGCCAUCUACGAGCCCUGCCGUAAUUAAUUAUUCUCGUCGAGUCGUAGGCCAUUUAAAUUAACGAGGCCAUCCGCCCGUGAGAGGAAAGCUUGAUCGUUAUAAAAUUGUGCCGUCCCAGAAACUGUCGUGGAACAUCUGGACGUAUACCUAGCCAAGAAGUUCGAUCGAAAACAAAAGGGAGCAUAAUAGUCCAUUGGUCGUUUCUGUAAUAGCUCGUCACGGUACGACGAGUAUUCUCGACGAACACGGUUAUUAGAAAUUAAAAGGAACGGGUUAAUUCUGUCCUAUCUAAAAUGGUCGAUUCCUGGGACUAUUUGCAGAUGGAAACGCGACACUUCAUUCAUAAUCCUCGACCGGUGGAAACUCGCUCAGCGACAACUAAUUAAAUUCGAAUUUUCUCUUCAACUUCUACCAACGAACUCCAUCCUCGAUUUUCUCGAGUUUCUCGAGUUGUUGAAACGUUUCAUUUUCUAAUAAAUCAUCGGUCUGUUAGAAUGUGUGUACGAACCGUGGUGAAAGUUUAUUUAUAGAGAUCAUUUUGGAAAAUUAGUUUUCAGAAUUCUCUGUUUUUCUUUUUUUUUUUUACGCUUUCGUUGUCUCGUCUCUUUGAUUGAUUACACGUGAAAUUCAUGAACGUACGAUUCUAUUUUUUACGCUUUCAUCGUUUAAGUAGCUGGAGCUAGACGAUCGUUUACUGGUAUUUAAUUGUGGAACGGUUUCACGAGAUACGGGGUGUAAAGGUAACAGAGAGCUAAGUGGAAACGCGUGUUUCCGAUGCUGAUCGAGUGCCCUCUUCACCCUUAAUCUCGAUAGCGUACAGCUUAGUCGAUAAAUCAGCCCUUCGUCCCUUAUUCACCGUUCGUAAUUGCCGGAUUAAGUUUUGACGCGGCUGAUUAUCCGAUUAAAGGUUCACUCUUAUAUUAUCACAGCACGAUGGCAAAUACGGUGAUCUACCUACACCAUAAAUAAUUACCAAUAUUUCCCGUCGUUCGACUAUGAGCAACGCACCUAGCAACCAGUGAAUCGUGUUUUUAAUCAUUAGUGGGCGUCGCUUUCGAUUAAAAAUAGACGGUCGAUGUUUUUUAUACGAACCGAAUCUUGGAAGCUUUCGAUGAUAUCUGGCGAACGGGUCUCGGUUGGAAAAUAUUAUUUAAUCAACCGCGUCGAAUCGAGGCUAGGCUCGCACGGAAUCAAAUCGGAUCCGGCAAUUUUUGCUCUGUUAACCAUGCGAGGAUUCCGACUUGCCGCGUGAAACACUCUGCUCCCCGAAGCAGAUCCUCCUCGAAGAUGGAACGUGCCAUUUCCACCAGCGACAGUUGCACGAAGAGGUUGUCCACGAUCACGGAAUACUCCGAGUCGGCGAUCGACAGCGACAACAACGAUCUUUCGGAGAGCCCCGAGGAACGAGAAGAGGAUCACGCGAUUCCUACGGAUGAUUUCGCGAACGAACAACACGAGACCGGGACCGAGGUGAAGUACUUCCUCGUGGACGACUCGCCGAUGGCCAAGUUUAGCCGAAGCAUCAAGUGGAUCUACAAGAAAUUACCAGUGGGCGGGGGUGGUGCUGUGCUGGUGCUCAGCGAGCUUGAAAGCAUGGCGGCCAGGCAGCAGCGGGAAAUAGCCCAGCAAAGGAGGCUGCUGGAGCAGAGAGAGGCCCGUCUGGCCGUGCUUCGAGGCGCACAGGAGCCAGCACAGCAGGAACAACUCGCCAGAUUGAGGCACAGGCUGGACCAACAACAAAGCAAACUGAAUCGGUUGCGAUUGCUCAGAUCGCAGACCGAUCAGUCGCGUGCCAACAACGCCACUUUGACCUCGGACCUGGAUUGCAUUAGGGCGUUGUUCAAUGAAAAGGAAAAGGAGCUUUCUCUGGCUGUGGCGAAGGUGGAAGAGCUGACGCGACAACUGGAGGAGCUACGAGGCCGACAGAACGCUGCCGGGACCGGAAGCGGAGGCGGAGGUGGCGGAGGUGUCGGUGGAGGAGGCGUUGGCGGUGGCGGCAGUGGACACUUGUCGACACCCGCCAGCGCCGAGCUGGAAAAGCUUAGAAGAGAGCUUAUGUAUCGUAACAAGAUGAACGAGCAGCAGAACCAAGUGGUGUCCCAGCAACGAUUGGCCUUGGCGCAGCGACAAGCGGAAAUGGCGUCGAUCGACGCGAGGAUAGCUCAACUUCAGGGUCGUCUACAGCGCAAGAGAGCGUUAAACCAACGGCUCAGCCAACAAUUAGGAUCCGGGAAUCGUACCAACGCGAACACCGCCUUCGCAGACUCCAAGUUGGACUUCAACGCCGGAGGAAAGUCCAGACCUGCUGGUAACAUAGCGGCCAUCGAACCCUACUCUCAUAUACCGAACGACAACGAUUUCAAUCUGAACAAGAAUGACCCAAAGUAUCAGACGUUGCCGUACAACACAAAAUUUACGGUCAAUUUCAAAACCGCCGAGGAUGACGUUAAUAAGAACAAGAUUCAACAUUCAGCAAGCGCUUCACAAUUGGGUCAAAGGGCAGCCUUCCAGCAGUUUGGUCAUCAGAUCGCUCAUAGCCAGUCUCAGUCGCAUAUUCAAGGUCAGUCUCAGUUACUAGGGACAAACCAGCAGCACAACCAAAACAUUGGAAACCAACCGGUGAACAUGCAGCAGACUUGCAAUAACAAUAACAACAACAACAACAACAAUAACAAUAAUAAUAAUAACAACAAUGCGAACAACAAUCUGAUCAGCUCGCCUCAUAACUUUAGCCCGGAUGGACUGUCGCAGAAUAUCCGGAUUCACCAUCAGCAACAACAGCAAACACAACAGCAACACGGAAACGUACAACAAAAGCAGCACAACGUAGGCUCGUCGACGUCGAAUCUCGGUACAACAGUGUCCAUCACGCAAACUCAAAACCAUAGAAACCUUCAAACUCAUCAGAAACCGGUGUCCAGCGUGGCUCCAAGUUUCUCCGUUAAGUCUCAAAUCUAUCAGACCUCAUCCACCAAGAUUCAUCCAGUCAUGCCUCAAACGUUAAGUCUGAUAGGUCGUGGACACACAAACGCGCAAAAUUUCGCCAGUCUGAGCAAUCAGAAUGCUAAUCAGCAACAGUCUAAUCAAUCCGUUCCGAGCAAUCAGACGUUGAAUCAGGAACAGCAAACCUACGCCUCCAGACACAAUUAUCCUGGCAUCCAACAGCACUCCACCCAAGCGAACACGCACGUAUCUUCCUCGGUGGUCUAUCAGUCUCAAAAUUCACCUAAUCCACCUAACAAUCCAACGAUUCACACCUCAUCAGGUGGAAGUAGCUUCGGUAACUCGGUCCAGAGGUAUAACCAAACGCAACCCUUAACCAGCCCUGUGUCUAAUAACGAACAGACCGACAAGAUGAAGUUCGAGCAAGGAAAAGGUCAGGAUAAGUUCGAACACGCGUUGCCAGCUAAACACGAACAGCAGAGGUACGAGUCUAACACGGUGUUCAAGUACGACCCUCAUCAGAUGAAGUACGAGCAUCCAAAGUACGAUCAACACGGGAAGUACGAGCAGGCUAAUCAACCGGCGAAACUUUACGAGCAAUCUAACAAGCACGAGCAGACUGGUAAUCAGACGAACAAAUACGACAAGGAGAAGAUCGAGCAAACGAAGCACGAGCAAAUUCACGGGGUUAAGUACGAUCCCAAUCAGAAUACUCAACAGUACGGUAAACACGAUCAGCACGAGGUGAGGCCUUCUGUAAAAUACGAUCACAACGCACCGUUUAAACUUGAUCCAUCGAAUAAGUACGAGACUGCUGGGCAACAGUUCAAGCAGGAACCGGUGAAGUUCGAUAAUAGUCAAAGCAAGUACGAACAGGGCCCUACCACGAAGCACGAGCACAACGGAAAGUUUGAUAUUCCGACAAAGGCGUCCGAUAAAACGUUCGAGUUCGAUAGGCUGAAGAACGAGAACGAAAGGAAGAGUCUGAACGAGAUAAGAGGAGAGGAUAAAACGAAACCUGCGCUACCUCCCAAACCGAGCAAACCUAAUCCUCCGCCGAGACUGACCCAUCAUGAAAAAGUGGACGCUGCGGAUGGAAUUGGAGAUGGCAAGAAUAACAUGGGGAUCAGUCCUAGGACAGAGAAGGAAGAAGAAGUACCACCGAUACCCACCUCGGAACCACCUGAAUCGCCCACGGAGACUCAAUUCGCGAACCAUCAAAUCAUCAAGGCUAGACCUUUGACCCUGAAGAAGGCCCCGAUCUCCGAGCAACCAAAGCUGCGUUACGCCAAGUCGAAUGUCCAUGUGUCGAUAAACCGACGGAUUGAGAUGCCACCGGCGUUCCUCUUCCCCGAGACCGAAAUUCCAGCUGACCUGAUGCAAACGGAGCAGCAACAGCAACAACAGACCCAACAGCAACCACAGAUCAUCGACACGACGGACAAUUGUAAGAAGCUGAUCAACGAGGAUGUUAUCAGUAACGAGAAGCUCGAAGAGGCAGACAUCAUCGACGCGUUAAACGUCAUCAACAUCGAGGACAAGGCAAAGAAGGAUUCCGAGAGACGAACAACGGAACUGGAAGUAGACGGAAAGAGCAACGAGGUGAUGAGGAGGAAGAAAGGGAAUCUAAAGUCCAGUACAGGAAAAGCAAAUCUUUCGAGGAGGGUGUCCUUCGAUCCUCUGGCUCUUUUGUUGGACGCCAGCCUCGAAGGAGAGCUGGAACUGGUGAAGAAAACCGCUAAAGAGGUGGCGAAUCCUAGUUCAGCGAACGACGAAGGCAUCACGGCGCUUCAUAAUGCUAUUUGCGCCGGUCAUCUAGAGAUUGUUAUGUUUCUCGUUGAAUUCGGGUGCGACGUGAACGCCCAGGACAGCGAUGGCUGGACCCCGUUGCACUGUGCCGCAAGUUGUAACAAUCUGUCGAUGGUGAGGUUCCUGGUGGAGCAUGGAGCUUGUAUAUUCGCCACCACUCUCUCAGAUCACGAAACAGCCGCAGAGAAGUGCGAAGAAGACGAGGAGGGCUUCGAUGGCUGCUCAGAAUACUUGUACAGUGUUCAAGAGAAGCUCGGUAUAAUGAACAACGGCCAAGUAUACGCGGUGUUCGAUUACGAGGCACAGCACAGCGAUGAACUGACGUUGAAAAACGGUGAUUCUUUGGUUGUGCUUCGAAAGGGGGACGACAACGAGAGGGAGUGGUGGUGGAGCAAACUGGGACACAAAGAAGGCUACGUACCUCGGAAUCUACUUGGCUUGUAUCCAAGGGUGCAACCGGCUAAAGUGGACUGAGACGCAGGUCGGCCAGCGAACUCGCGAUAUCCGACGAUUCAUUACCACAGUAUUCGAUUCGCAGCUUUAUCUUGUUAAGUAUCAUAGUUACAUCGUCGCGUCACGAAUCGUUAUCUUAUUUAAUCGCGCCCCAUUGUCAUCCUGAACAAAGCGAACAAAAUGUUCUAUAUAUAUAUAUAUUAUAUAUAUAUACAUAUGGUUUUUUAUAUUUUGUAAGAUGAAAUUGCAUAUUGCUAAACGAGCCCGGAUCAUGGGUUGUUGUAAGUUAUUCUCGUUGACCCUUUCGCUGUUGACAACGCAUAUACACGUCGAAAAUCGACUGAUUAAAUAUUAACCCUCGACUGGUGGCACCAGGUCAAUCGUGACACAAACCUUUGAAUGGUACGUUGAAGAAGGUAAAUGUAAUUGUAAAUGUAAUUGUAACAGUCUUGUACACACAAUCAUCAAUCACAAGAAAACACAAACUUUCCUUGAGACCAUUAGAUUAAGUAUUAAAUAAAUUAUUUAUCAAGUUUAAGCAGUCGAUUUGCGACUAUCACACAAUGUUAUCCUCAACCAAAGGGUUCAAGGGUUAGACCACUCGUUCGUAUUUGAGAAAGAAUCGUAUAACUCAGCGUGACGAACGAUUAGAGUGUAAAUUAAUUAGCACGAGCGGUAUAUUAAAAUUAAACAACACGCGCAAAGUUUGAUUGCUCUCACACUCGCCGUAUUACAUCUUCGAAAAUGUGUAACACAAAUCGUAUUAGGAGAAGAAUAAGAAAAAAAUUAAUGAAAUAGGUACUCGCUAAUUUUAACUAGAAUAAUUUGCAGCAUACGACUCCGAUGUUCCACAAAAUUAUUUAUCGUUGGUCAGUUCCUUCAAUGAAACGGUACAAAAUGAGAUUUUUAUUAUUUGUGGUAAUCCCGCUUUUAGAUUAACAAUCUGCGAUAAUUCAGGGUUGGAAUGUUUUAUUUCGGUAUUCAUUGAAGUGAAGAUUGUUUAAGCAGUUUCUCUUCUUGAAGUUGAGGUAUUAUUUUAAAAAAUAAUCUUAAUUAGUUGCAAAUGUUGAAUUUUAAUUGCUGUACAUCAAUUUACAUCGUUUCUUUUCACGAUUAGUCAAGAAAAAGAUCGUAAAACAUUUUAAAUGAUCCUUUCUUAAUCCUCGAGGGAUUUUUUAACUUUACUUGAAACGUUUAAUUUGUUUCACCUAAAUGUUUGUAUUUAGAUGAAGUCAAAUUAUUGUUACGAGCAUUGUUACGUUUAUUUUUCAGUGGAAUUUUUCAAAUCCGACCUGAUUGAUUUCGGAUUUCGAAAAUGUUCCUAAGGAUGUAUAGUAUAAUCUUGCCAAUACGCACUUUAAAACAAUUUCUAAGGAACGCGCGAACAGAAAUUGUAAAGAAUUACGAUAAUGGUAAUUAAUGACACGAAUGCCUUUAAACGUUUCUUCUUUUUCAUAUUUUUCUUUCUUUUCUGAGCAAUGCCACCCCAAUGGUUCGAGAAUCUCCAAUAAAAUGACUUAACACACACUUGACUAGACUUGUAUAAUUAAUAAUUAUUGCCUAGGACAGAUUCAAAUGUUUAGAUUAGAAAGAUUCUGAGCGCGUCAUUGUACUGUUAAAAAAAUGUGUACAGAUAUCUGAAAGGUAUUAACACGGCCUCAGAACAUUUCUGAUAUUCACUUCGUAAAUAAAGUAUGUGCCUUUCAAGAAGUAAUAAUGGAUAUAUUAUGUAAGAAUGCAUGAUAUAUUAUGACGAAUAAAUUGUUUUUAAUAGAAA